AUGGCUGAGAAAGAGGUGAACGAGCUGCCAGUCUACAGACCAGAUGGUCGCCGCCUUGGUGUUGUUUUCGAGAACAUCACCGUCACAGGCGUAGCAGCAGAAGAAAACACAGUCACAGAUUUCGCCCAGGUGCUAGAGAACAUCAUCACAUUACCCUACCAGGCUGUAAAAUUAUUCGCUGGCAACCGCCGAAAGAAUGUUCGCAACUUGAUCCAAGAUGUUUCUGGAGUCGUUCAGCCUGGAGAAACGCUACUCGUACUAGGAACUCCUGGAGCCGGAUGCUCGACGACACUACGUGCCAUUGCUAGUGAUAUCGAGUCUUUUGUUGGUGUAGAAGGUCAGGUCGACUAUUCUACUAUCCCUUCCGCUGAAGCCAGAAAGUUGUACAAGUCGGAGAUUGUCUAUAACAACGAGGAGGACAACCAUUUCCCAAAGCUGUCUGUUGGAAAUACGCUCGAUUAUGCCUUGGAAUUGCGCAAGCCAGCAAAGGACGAACAAAAGAAGGCCGACUUCAAGCAGAACAUGCGAUCAAAACUUCUUGACAAGUUUGGCAUUUCGCACACCAUCAACACCAUUGUCGGAAACUCUUUUGUAAGAGGUGUAUCUGGUGGUGAGCGCAAGCGUGUGUCACUGGCUGAAGUCUUGACGACAAAUCCGGCUGUUGCAUGUUUCGACAAUCCUUCUCGUGGUCUGGAUUCUUCAUCUGCUCUCGCCUUCUGUCGCCUACUCAAGGAUAUGUCGAGAAAGACUGGCAUGGCCAACAUUGUCACCAUGUAUCAAACAUCACAAUCCAUCUACGAUCAAUGCUUCGACCGUGUACUCGUCCUUUACAAGGGCAGAAUGAUCUUCUCUGGAAGAGCCGCUGCUGCACGUCAAUACUUCAUCGAUCUUGGUUACCACUGCGAACCCAGACAGACCACACCUGAUUUUUUGACUGCCGUCACAUCCGUGACCGAGCGAACUGUUCGCAGCGACCAUGUUGGCCCCGUCCCUUCGACACCAGACGAGUUCGCACAGGCUUUCAGAGAGAGCGCGUUUUACACAGAGAUGCAACAGGAUAUCGCAGCCUACCGCGCCGAGCACGCUUCGAACGCAUCUUACGUCAACGACUUCAAGGCUGAAGUCCAGCGAGUCCGCUCAUCUGGUGUCAGCAAGACAGCGGCAGAGCCACACUCGCUACCCCAGCAAGUCGUUACCGCCAUGAAACGUCACUACCAACUCACCUGGGGUGAUCGUAACACUCUCUACACCCUCCUCAUGCUCAAUGCUGUCAACGCUGUCAUUACUGGUUCCGCUUUCUACAUGGCACCUAAGACUGCAACUGGUUCUUACGAGCGUGGUGGUGCUAUCUUCUUCUCUUUGAUUUACUUCUUCCUCAACGCGCUUGCCGAAACUCCCGCCACUGUGCUUUCUCGCUCGAUCGUCGUCAAGCAGAGAAAGCUUGGUCUUUCUCACCCGUCUGCUUACGUUCUGGCUCAGACUAUCGCUGACCUUCCUAUCUCACUGUUCCAAGCCCUGGUCUUUUCUUGCUGUUACUACUUCAUGCUUGGUCUCGGCAAGACGGCAUCUCAAUUCUUCAUCUUCUCCCUUAUCGUCUGGGUCCACUACGGAGCUACCAGUGCUUUGUUCCGCAUGAUCGGCGCAAUCGCUCCCAACCUCAAUCUCGCGUUGUUGAUGGCUGGAGCUGCGAUUCCUCCCUGCCUUACAUACUCUGGUUUCGCUCCUCCAUGGCCGACUUUGCACAAGUGGGGUAGCUGGAUCCGCCGCAUCUCACCCUCACCCUGGGCUUUGGAAGCCCUGAUGGGAAACGAGUUUUACGACAUUACGCUCUCUUGCACUGAUUCUCAGAUGGUUCCUAGUGGUCCCGGCUACAAUAACCUUGCCAAUCAGGGCUGCACAUUGCCUGGUAGUGUCAAGGGCAGUCCGGAUGUACCUGGUUCAACUUACCUCGCGUUGACAUAUGACAUGCACAGAUCCAAUCUUUGGAGAAACUUUGGUAUUAUCCUUGCCAUGUGGGCCAUCUACACCAUCAUUGCAGCCGUCGGUCUUGCCUUUACUGCUCGCGAACAGGGUGGUGCUAGCGGUCACGUCUUCAAGCGUGGUGCUCAGACCGAGACUAUGCCAACCACUGCCAACUCCAGUGGCAUGACACUCGGCGAGCAAGACCUUGAAAAGCAACCCAGCCGUACCGUUGAGAACUUGACCCUGGACCCCGCAUCUUCUGCCUCUUCAGCCACUCACAUCGACGAUAAUGCCAGCGAACAUGGAAAGGUCGGAGACAAUGGAUCUUCAUUCACCUUCGAGAAUGUCAACUACUUCGUGAACGUGGCAGAUGGCGAAAAGCAGCUCCUUCAGAACGUCUCUGCCUACGCCCGUCCAGGUCAACUUACUGCCCUAAUGGGAGCUUCUGGAGCUGGAAAGACUACUCUCUUGGACACUAUCAGUCAGAGAAAGAGUGAAGGCCGCGUUGAAGGUGCCAUGAGACUCAAUGGUCAUCCUCUUGACGCUACCUUCGGAAGAUCUUGUGGUUUUGCCAUGCAGCAAGAUGUGCAUGAGCCAUUCUCGACUGUCAGAGAAGCCCUUCAAUUCUCUGCUGAGCUCCGCCAACCUGCUGAUGUUCCUCAUGCUGAGAAGAUGGAGUACUGCGAGUAUAUCAUCAAGCUGCUCGAAUUAGGCCCUAUCGCCGAUGCUCUCAUUGGUACACCCGGUGAGGGUGGUCUCGGAGUCGAGGAGCGCAAGCGUGUCACCAUUGCAGUUGAGCUCGCUGCUAAACCAAGCUCACUCCUGUUCCUAGAUGAGCCUACAAGUGGUCUAGAUUCGCAAGCUGCUUACAGUAUUGUCCACUUCCUGCAGAGAAUCGCAAGGGAGGGCAUCCCCAUUAUCUGUACUAUCCAUCAGCCAUCCGGUGUGCUCUUUGAAAUGUUCGAUCACGUCCUUCUCCUCGCACCUGGCGGUCGUACCAUUUACUUCGGUGAGACUGGCAAGAACUCUGGAAAGGUUGUCGAGUACUUCGAUCGUUAUGGCGCACACAUGAACGAAUCCGAGAAUCCUGCCGAAUUCAUCAUCUCCACCGUCUCUGGCGCCGACAACUCCGCUGUCUGGCACGACAACUGGCUUCAAUCACCUGAGAAGGCUCGUGUUCAGCAGACUAUCGAGAUGAUCAACGAGAAGGCAUCUGUUGUCGUCCAGUCUACUUCCUCCAGCAAGGGUGAAUUUGCUAUGCCCAUCUGGCCUCAGAUCAAGGCUGUUACCAAGCGUCAUUGGAUCUCGGUCUGGCGUGAUGGCAGCUACAACUUCAGUCGCUUCUUCAAAUUCUUGUGGUGUGAGCUUUUCAUCUCCUUCACCUAUUUCAUGGUCAAGACCGAUAUCCAAGGUUUGCAGAACAACAUGCUCAACCUUCUCAUCAUUGUUCAGAUCAUUCCUGCUGUCGCUCCUGAUCUUCAGUCCAUGUGGUUCAGCAAGUGGGCAACGUUCGAAGCCCGCGAGAGAAACGGCAUCUAUUCCUGGAAGGCUCUGACAACUGCCAUGAUCUCUGUCGAAGUGCCUUAUAUGAUUGUCGGCUUUACUCUGAUCUACUUCUGCAUGUACUGGACAGUCGGCUAUAGCACCGAGACCACCAUCGCAGGUUACGAGUACCUCCAAUUCAUCACCUGUGGUAUCUUCGCUUUAACCUGGAACCAAGUUCUUGCAACCAUGUUCUCCAACAUGCAGACUUGUGGUCUUGCCUCUGCACUUUUCUGGAAUAUCCUUAUGAUUUUUAACGGUACACUGAUCCCUCACGCCGCACUCAACGACUUCUACCGCAAUUGGCUCUACUGGCUCGACCCCUUCCGCUGGUUCUUCGGCGGCAGCGUGAGCAACCUUUUGAAGCCUGUUCCUGUCAAUUGCUCUGCCAAUGACCUUGCUCGCUUCGAUCCUCCCGCUGGCCAAACUUGUGCUGCGUAUGCUGCCGACUACCUUGCCCGCAGCACUGGAUACCUUGUUAAUCCUGACGCAACUGAGAACUGUGGAUAUUGUCCUUAUUCUACUGGAUCAGAGUAUGCAGCUACCAUGGACUAUUACUACAGCCAGAGAUGGAGGGAUUGGGGUAUCUUUUUGGUGUUUGCGGUGGUGUCUAAUGUUGCGCUAAUCUACUUUAUUACUUGGUUUACCAGGGUUAGAGGUAGAAAGACCAAGAGCGCUUGA